GUUGUGUUCGUUGAUUUCAACCUAACAGUGGUCUUUAACAAUAGUGACACGGAUCCCACAUGUGUAACAGAAUUACUAAAAAAUUCUGUAACUAAACCACCUCAGUGUGAUACUUAUAUCUCUGAAAUCAAAACAGAAAUGUGGUAUCCCUCAUUUUUCAAAAAUCAUUGGUUUUUUAUAUGUGAAAAACCCACUACAAUUACUAUAAUUUGUAAUAAACAGUCUAUCACUCAAAAAAUUAAAAUUAAAAGUUCUGGGAAGUUAUACUUGAAGUCUGGGUGUAUUGCUUGUACAUCGAAAGGUGUACUGAAAAAGGAACAGAUAUAUCAAACAUAUUCCUCAGUUCCAGUAGACUUAUCUCUUUUGAACGAUUCAUGCUGCAAUGUUUUCAACUUUUCAAAUCAGCCCUACCCCAAACCUAUUCACUACGAUGAAAUAAAAAAUAUUAAAUUUAAUAAAGACGCGUUUAACGAAAUAAAUAAUCAAUUAGAUCAACAAGAUGUAUUAUUAAAUUCACUCAUUGUAGAUAAAACGUAUGAAUUUAUAUACACAAACAAAUAUUUAGUUGCCGUAAUAAUAAUAUUUUUAAUAUAUUUUAUAGCGAAAUUUUAUUUAAAUAAGAAAGCAAAAAAAUCAGAUAUAAAAAAUAUUACUCUAAGUUAUAGUCCUGUAAAUACUAAAAAUUAAUUUAGUAAAGGUUCUUAGUACGUAUCUAUAUUUUAUAUACCAAAUAUUAUGUAAUUUGUCAUAUAGGUACCAUUCAUAACAUUUAUAUUAUUUUUUUGGAUGUGAAUAAUUAGUACCUACCUAUAUCUAUAUGCAUGU